AUGGAGAGCUGCUGUCGCUCCUGUAUGCCGUGUUUGGACCGGCUCUGGAACUGCAUUUGGCCCGACUUUCGCUACCCGAACGUCCCCAACAACAACCAUGUGAUCGUGAACCCGGCGGCGCAGGCGGCAGAGAUCCGCACCGUGUCUGGGGACAUCCGCGUCCCGUCCCCGAAGAAGCGGCCGGUGCAGCUGUACGCCGCGCUCUUCGACUUCGAGGCCCGCAGCGACGACGAGCUGACGGUGAAAGAGGGGGAUAAGCUGUCGGUGAUCGAGAAGAGGGGGGAGUACGUGCUGGCCAAGAAGCUGACCGGCUCUCUGGAGUCUGGACUGAUCCCCGCUAACUACGUGGCUCUGCUGCAGGACGAGUUCGCCAAACACAAGUGGUACUAUGGGAACAUAAACAGAGUGAAAGCUGAGAAGCUCCUGCUGGCGUCCCAAAACAAAGAUGGCUCCUUCCUGGUUCGCAUCAGUGAGAGUCACAGUGACGAGUACACAAUCUCAGCUCGCAGUGAGGGAAAGGUCUAUCACUUCAGGAUCCAGCGCUCGACCAUCGGUGCGUACUUCGUGUCGGAUAAGAUCUCCUUCGCCACGCUGGGGGAGCUGAUCUCGUACUACCAGAAGAACCCACGGAGCCUCGGGGUGCUGCUGGAGGAGCCCUGUGCUCAGCAGAGGGAGCUCUUCGACAUGGAGCCGUGGGAGAGACCGAGAGAAGAGUUCAGACUGCUGAAGAAGCUGGGAGAGGGACACUUUGGAGAGGUGUGGGAGGCUCUGUGGACCACGGAGAAUAAGAAAGUAGCCAUCAAAACGCUCAAACAAGAGGACACGAAGCAGGACGAGUUUGUGAAGGAGGUUCAGGCGUUGAAGAGUCUCCAUCACCCAAAGCUGAUCCAGCUGUUAGCGAUGUGCUCUAGAGGAGAGCCGGUCUACAUCGUGACUGAACUCAUGAGCAAAGGAAGCCUCAAGUCCUACCUCGCCUCUGCAGAAGGCCAGGUGCUGACCUCAGCUCAUCUGAUCUACAUGGGCAGUCAGAUCGCAGAGGGCAUGGCGUACCUGGAGGACAGAAACAUCGUCCACAGAGACCUGGCUGCCCGCAACAUCCUGGUGGGAGAGGAUCUGGUAUGCAAGGUGGCCGACUUCGGCCUGGCUCGGAUCAUCAAGGACAGCGUCUAUACAGCCAGUAGAAACACAAAGAUCCCAGUGAGAUGGACAGCUCCUGAAGCAGCGAUCUACCAGCGUUUCUCUGUGAAAUCAGACGUCUGGUCGUUUGGCGUCCUGCUCUACGAAAUGAUGUCCCGAGGCAAGAUGCCUUAUGAAGGAAAAAGCAACAAAGAAGUGUUGGAUCUUCUGUCAUCAGGGUUUCGGCUGCCCUGUCCAACCCGCUGUCCUCAGAACAUUUACCGGAUCAUGAUGGACUGCUGGGCUGCUGAGCCCUCAAAAAGACCCUCUUUCCACGCCCUGCACAGCCAGCUGGACACGAUAUAUGCCAGGAUAUAUUUCAAGACUAUAGAGGUGUAGAAAGAGGGAGGCAUGUCCUCUGUAAAUGACAUCGAAGACGGACGUCUAUGUGAAGAAAAUGUCCUCGCUUUUUAUGUAAUCCUCUUCCACCACAGGGUACAUGGACUCCAAAAACACCACGGUGUGGCAGGAUAAAAUGAGGAUGACAUGGAGAGGAUACUCGCCAAACUCCAGGACAAAAGAGGAAAAUGAGGAACAUGUAAUUUCUCAGGCUUCAAGAAGGAAAAGUGGACAAAGACGUGACUGAACUCAGCCUGAGAAAGAUGUGUAAAUACACUCCUACCUACAGACACUUAAACCCUUUGGCACAUUCACAGAACCAACUGUUUUUAAUUUUAUACCCUUUUCUUGUUUUAUAAAUACUAUUUUAUUACUCUAUAUGUGCCAUGUUGGUGUAUGUAUGCACACUUUGAAAUGCUUUGAUGAAAUCACAGUCAGACUUUCAUGAAUCACCUUUCUACUGACUGCAGAGCCUGUGCUAAAACAAUGAGGUAAUGUGCAAUAAUUUAAUGCUUGCUGGGUUUUUAGCCACGCUAGCGGCCUGAAGCCUAAUCGCAGAGUUUGUCCAACAUGUCAGUUGAUAUCUCAUCAUUUAUCAGAGAUGUUUGAUGCAACUUUGGUGAUCUUGUGACUUUUUUUUAUCAGGCACCGAGAUCAAGUCAGAAUGUCACUCGUCUUGUUUUUAGGUUUUAUCUUGUCACCGGGUAUGGAGCAAAUUUCUGCUGAAUUCAGCUGCACUUUAAUGUAUGAGGAAAGACUCAUUAAAGGUAUUUAUUAACCAAGAACAUCUAUACUUUACCUAUAACCCGCAGAUUAGACAGG